CGCCCGGCUAAUCCCCUGAUUUGCUGCACGGACACCCUUUUUUGCGAGCCGAGGUGCGACCACCGGCGGAAAAUCGCAGCCGUGAGCGCUAUUUUCCGCCUAAUUCACGGUUACAUGCACGCGUUGUGAGAACCUGUUGGAUCGCGCGAUGCAGACGAUCAAGUGCGUGGUUGUGGGCGACGGCGCCGUCGGUAAAACCUGCCUCCUCAUAUCGUACACCACCAACAAAUUCCCGUCGGAAUAUGUACCUACAGUAUUUGACAACUAUGCGGUUACUGUUAUGAUUGGAGGUGAACCCUACACAUUGGGACUUUUUGAUACAGCUGGUCAGGAGGAUUACGACAGAUUAAGACCGCUUAGUUACCCUCAAACCGACGUUUUUCUCGUGUGUUUCUCAGUUGUGUCGCCAUCCUCGUUUGAAAAUGUCAAAGAAAAGUGGGUUCCAGAAAUCACUCAUCACUGUCAGAAAACGCCAUUCCUGUUGGUUGGCACGCAAAUUGACUUGCGGGACGACGCAGCCACAGUCGAGAAGCUGGCCAAGAACAAACAGAGGCCCGUGUCCUCCGAGCAGGGUGAAAAGCUGGCCAAGGAGUUGAAAGCUGUCAAAUACGUAGAGUGCUCCGCGCUGACUCAGAAAGGACUCAAGAACGUGUUCGACGAGGCGAUCCUGGCAGCCCUGGAGCCCCCGGAGCCGACCAAGAGGAGAAAGUGCACCCUCCUCUAAUUUUAACCCCCUGCCCCACCCCCGAAAAACACACACACACACAAUGCAUAAACGGCAAGCAGCUGCAGAGUCACGUACCAGUAUGUAUUUUCAACUUUUGUACCAGCAUCGUACGUAAAUCGACUCGUGAUUAGUUUUUUCAACCACCGAACAGGAAAAAAUAUUAAUAUCCGCUCAUUGUUUCCUCUUGGUUUCUGUCGGAAGUCUAGAAUUUUCUAUGCCGAAUUCUCACUUAUACUGAAACACACACACACAACUACCACCAAACAGUCUGCCGGUCGAUCGAUGGUAAAAAUGCAGGAGUUUGUUUCUCCUUCGUAGCUGCUCAUUUGUUUUAGUGCCUUUGAAAACUGCAACCUGAAUUUCAUUAUCACGCUGAUUUGAAACACGCAAACAAGCUGAAAAUCACGAUGCAAGGUGAAACAAUGUUAAUCAUUCCUAACAGUAUAAUGGAAAUUACAAAUAAUUUUGUUUAAAAAAAGUGCCUCACGCGUUACACACUACUACGACUACAUUUGAAAAAUGGAAUAAUAUUCUUGCUCCAAAUCUCAAGUGCGACUCAGAACGUAGUGGAAAGAUUAAAAUACAAAAUAAAUAUAAAACAAUCGCGCGGCACUUGAGGUGUGGAACCAGCAGCAGACUGAUUCGUCCCUCCAAAUUGAUUUCCGCGCACGAGCGAAUUUCCUUUUGGGUCACCUAAAAUUCUCGGCAGGGCAGCGGCGAACGCGACCGGCAAAGACGUUUUGUAAAUAAUUAGAACGCGUUUUGCCGCCCGCCUCGCUCGCCCGCCUUUUGAAUUGUAAAUAAUAUCAUCCGAAUUUCCGGUGGUGCCGCUCUACCAAUUGGUGAUAACUCGAGUAUUUUUCUUCUACGCUGCACUGGACAGUUGAAUAUAUUCUUCUUCUUCAUUAGUUUCGCAUUACGAGAGAGAGAAAAAUUGAUUUAUUCACGUGCAUUUUGUUUUUCUUUGGUUUUGUUACAUUACAGGGCGCCUCCGCCCGUCGGUUUAAAUAAAUCUAAACUCUAAUCUUGUCUAACUCGUCAAGUAUGCCACACAAAAUAGUCUAGCUGAACGAGAUCGGUGUUUCCAAAAUUGCGUUGUGGGUUUUGAUAUAAAAUAAUACACACACACACACACACACAGACACGGAUGAUGUAUGUCAUAUAUUUAUUAUUCUUAUUGCCUCUUACAUUUUAGCUUGGGCGAGUCCAACUCGCGUCCGUUCUUUCUCUAUUUUCUUGUCUCGCGGAGAGUGUUGCUUUCGGCGUCGUCUUCCUUUGGUUCGGUCGGUGCCAAAAAAAUUUAAAACUAAAUUUAUUUCGGGACGUUAAUCUGAAAGGCAAUCGUCGUGGCUAUUCAUGUGUAACUGGCGUCUCCUUUUCUCUCGCAACAUACACACACACACACUGCAUUUUCUCGAGAAAUACAAAACAUUAUUUGUGCAAAGAAAGAACGAAAGAAAGGAAGGAAAAAAAAGAAUGGGAAAUAUCAGCAUUAUUGUGUAUAUUGCAAAAAUUGUGAAAAUAAUGUAUUCCACCACCCACUAGUUUAAUGAUAACUUUAUAAUUAAAUUAACCAUGGCCAUAAUAUGUGAACAUGCGCAUAAGUAUGCUUAAUUAAUAAAAUAAAGGCGAAAAGAAACAAAAA